UAAGUACAGUAAAAAGCAGCAACAUAGGAAACCCUUAAACCCUCUAAAAUCUUUCACAAUUCACUUCUCUCCCUUACUUGCUUCCUGCAUUUUGUAAAGUUAACAGGGAGGAAGAAGACAAACAAUUCCACAGCUGUAGCCCUUAUGGUUGAGGUAUGGUGGUCCUUGUUGGGGGCUGCUAUUCCUGCCAUUGUAGCUGGUCAAGCUUACAGAAUUAGGAGAAAUCAUGCUGAGGACCAGAGAAUUAAGAGUGCACGUGGCAGGGAGAAGAGCACUGAUGAUAUUUUCGUGUGCGAGAGAGUCUGUACGUCAAAGAGAAUGUUGAAGAAGGUGGGUGCAUUUUCCAAGGAUCCAAUUCCUGAUACCUGUAUUACCGUUUGUGGCGUAUCGGAACUUGAUGCUUGCUCUGACGCCUGCGCUCGUACUGUCUGUGUUAACCAGCAUCAAGUGCCAAACUGGAAUGAUGUCUGCCUCAGGAGAUGUCAGAGUGAAUGCCUCAAACUUUCCUCUUCUCUCCCCCCUUUAUAGUGUUUACUUGUUUUUCAUCCAUUUGUAUUUCUUUGCCAAACUUGUUAAGCCACCAUUCUCAAGCUUUGAGGGUUAAAAUGACAUGCUUUGUUUUAUCUUA